ACGAAAAACAUUAUCAGUCCGUAUAGCUACAUAAAUCGCUCCCCAAAUUUGUCGGAAUACCUUGAUUCCUAAGGCAGAUCAAUGGCUUCGGGCGUCUUGAAUGUCCUUCUCGCACUUCUUUUCCUCACUUCUGCAGCCACAACCCUCUCCGCUUCACUAAGAUACGAUUACUACAAAAAAGUUUGCCCUGCAGCCUUGCCUACAAUAAAACGUGUAAUCGAGGCUGCUGUGCAAAACGAGCGCCGAACGGGAGGCUCCAUCCUCCGCUUGCAUUUUCACGACUGUUUCGUAAAUGGUUGUGAUGCCUCCAUUCUCCUCGACGAAUCCACCCCCAACAGUGAAAGAAAUGCCCGUCCUAAUCUGAGAUCCGCUAGAGGGUUCAAAGUGAUCGACCAAAUUAAGGAGGAGGUGGACAAAGCUUGCGGCCGCUCUGUGGUCUCUUGUGCGGACAUCUUGGCUGUUGCAGCUCGGGAUUCAGUCGUCGCACUUGGAGGACCAUGGUGGCAAGUCCCCCUCGGCAGAAGGGACUCGACGAGGGCGUACUUAGAUAUAGCCAACAGAGACAUUCCUGCGCCGAGCAUGGACCUCCCUCAACUGAUCAACACCUUCAACAAGCAAGGGCUCAAUGUUAAGGACCUCGUUGCUCUCUCUGGUGGGCACACCUUAGGUUUUGCUCAGUGCUUCACCUUCAGGGACAGGAUCUACAACGAGUCCAACAUCGACCCUAAGUUCACGGAUAAGCUCAGGAAAAUCUGCCCACCAGCUGCUGGGAACGGGGACACGAACCUUGCCGGGCUGGACUCCACCUCAGCCCGUUUCGACACAUCGUACUUCGCUAACCUACUGAGUCACAAGGGGCUCCUGCACUCCGAUCAGGCAUUGUUUGGCGGUGUCUCGACCGAUCAACUAGUGAAGAACUACAAGUACAACCCGAAAUUAUUCUGGGCAGAGUUUGCCAAGUCAAUGGUCAAGAUGGGAAAUAUAAAGCCGCUGACCGGGAAGGAAGGUGUAAUUCGCUCGAAAUGCAGUAAGCUUAACUAAUUCUUGAGAUAGGUGUCCAUUGAACUGAAUUGAUUGAGAUCAAUUCGAGAAUUGGUCGUUUUUGGAUAAUGUUGAAAUUGUGCAUGUGUCAUGUGUAAGUGUCAAUAAAUGUUAUUGCCUCUGGUAGUUGAUUUGAUCAAAAAUACAUUAUUUGUAUAUGUUACCCGGAAAAUAUUUUAUAUAUAUAUAUAUAUGUAUGUAUGAACCAUGAGGAAUUCUUUCGUGUACUUCAGUCAAUUAAUAAAAUUAUGUAUUUCCUUUUA